CACACACACACACACAUUAGCUUGAGCCUGGGUUUGCUGACAGUAUGGCCAGCAUAGAUUUAUUGAGCACCAGGUUUUCCUUUUAUGACAAAAUGUACAGUCAAGAUUUACGAGAACAAAGCUUUGCUGACUGGCCAUUUAGAGGGGAAUGUAACUGCACACCUGAAACGAUGGCCAACGCCGGGUUUGUCCACUGUCCAAGCGAGAAUGAGCCUGAUGUUGCGUGCUGUUUCUUCUGUCUGAUUGAGCUUGAGGGCUGGGAGCCAGAUGAUGAUCCCUGGAGCGAACACAUAAAACGUUCGCCUCACUGUGGAUUUCUGACAAUGAAAAAGGAUUUCACUGAGCUGACUGUGGCUGAAUUCUUUGGCAUGGAAAAAGAGAGGCUAAAAGUCUACCUUAGAAAGGUUUGUCAUAAGAAGAUGGCCUAUUUCCGGGAUGAAAUCGACCAAACGCUCGAGAGUCUUAAAUCUCAGCUUGACUCCAUAUGACUGAAAUCAUUAAUUCAUUGCUACACAAUGACAGUUUAAAUCAAUAAAGUUUUGUCUGUUGUUA